CUAUUCCGUUCCUAUUUGAAUUCGAUAUGAUUUUAGAAUGUGUUAGACGAUAUAUGCGAAUUAGGUACAAAACAAUGUCACAAGUGUAGCAAGGGGACAGAAGACUGAAGUUCGUGGCCUAGAAGUAAAGAUCAAGGCCGAUAUCCUGGACCGUGAAGUUAAGAUGCAGAUCGCGGCCUGGAAGCCCAAGAUCUCGGCUGCGAAUCGAAGGCCUUAGGGCAUGAACUUCGCGAAGAAGGAGUCGGGAGAAACAAAGAGUUUUCCCUGUCGAAUCAUGGCCACAUCGCAUUUUGACCGCGAGGAAGAACGCGACCGAAAGUCAGCCCGCAAUGUCCUCAAUUUCGAAGGCUAGUAAGACUGCGUUUCAAGAUCGCGGCCUCACAUAUGAAGAUCCCGCCCGUGAUCUCUGCCCUUCUGGCUGCGAACUUGUCUAUCCUAUGAUUGUCUAUAAAUAGGUGACCCCUUUCCCCCUUUUAGAUGAGCUGAUUUUGAGAGAAGAAUUUCUGGUUUUAGGGAGAUAAGAGAAAUGAAGCUGAAGGAAGGAGAAGAGGAGAAGGAUCUGGAAGAGAGGAGACAUCUUCCUCAACCUCAAGUCUUCUUCAAUUUCUUCUAUGUAUCUUCUUCCCUCAUUUAUGGAGUAGUCUUCUAAAGUACUAGGGGUUCUAAACUCCAAACUCUAGUUUUAUGGUUUACUAUGUAUGUAUGGAUACUUUAGGGUUUGAAUGAAUAUGUUUAUCUAGUUGAUUCUAUUGAUAUUCUAUCUUUGAUUGUGUUUGGGUAAGUCUCCCUAAUCUUCUCUAUUAGCCUACUUUAUGCUUCUGUGUUGGGUAUGGAGUUAUAGGGUUAGAAGAGUAUGUGCCAUCAAGCAAAUCAAGGUAGAUGUAUGAGUAGGGACCUAUGGUGAUCGAGGCGACCGAACCCCUGCUAUAGGUAGCCUUCAUAGAUAGAACCCGAGAUAAAAUCUCAGUGUGGACGGUAGAUAGUAUCUAUUGAAAGGAGAUACGAGCUUAGUGCCCCAGGUACGAUAGCCUAGAUCGAGGUGACUUUAUAUGGGUAUAUGGGUGGCGUACUCGAGGUGUGUGGAUAACUACGAAAGCCCAUGGAAUCGAGCUCACUCUCCACAUUCGAUAACCCUAAGUAUCUAGAUAUACAUAGUAUCCCUAGGCUAUGGAGAGUGAUAGUUCUCCGAAGUACAUGCUUUUAGCUUUAUUCAAUCUCUAAACUAGUAAUUCCCUCAAAUCCUCCACUCAAACUUCCAAAAUGAUUAACUAAUUAACAAUAAGAUGGGAAGUAGGCUAGGGUACCAGGACCCGAGUAAAAUGCGUCUUUGAUUAUCACUAUACGACAAUGCCAUCUUAGGUUAAACUCGAAUUAGGAUGGGGUAGUUGUUGACACGUGCUAAACAUUGACAAUUAUAUGCACGGAUUCAAGUGAUCAAGCUUUUUGGUACCGUUGUCGGGGACCCUUGGUGACUAGUAUAAAACCACUAAGUUGUUAGUUAGUUUUUACAUUGUUUUGUUUGUUUGUCUUGUUUUGCGUUCUUGUUUGUGUUGUUAUUUUCAUGUUGUUUUGUUUUGUGUUUUCGUUAUGUUCGUUUUUGUUUUGUUGUUUGUUUUUUUUUCCAACUUCGUACGUCACAGGUUGUUCAGGUUGUGUUUUGUAGCACCUUUUAUGCGAAGAAGAAAUUCUUUGGAGAUAUUACCUCUUGAUACACAAAUAGAGAGAACCCUACGAAAUCUUAGAAGAGUUGCAAGAUGUUAAUCUCCACCAAUGGCGGAUCAUCAAGCUCAAGUUCCGCCAGCCAAGAACAAUAGGAUGCGGGUCAUAUGGGUGACCCGCAAUCCACCCACAUCAAUCACCCACUGCUUGCGGGUCGGAUAAUUUGCGGAUGGAUCAAUAUCAAUCCGCGGAUUAACCACCCACGUACCCACCCUAGUCAACACCCAAUAGUUCAAUUGCCUACAACUGUCUCCCUAUAAGCUUGCAGUUUAGAUACUUUUAGGGUUUUUUAAUUUAUUAGUUUUUUAUGAUAUAAAAUGACUAAGUAGUACUUUGAAAAUAAAUUUUAUUCUAGCCAUUAAAUUGUUCAAUUAUUAAGUUAUAUCUCUUUUACUUAUGAUAUUAUAUUAUUUAUAUCAUACCGGUUUUCUAAUAAUUUUUUAACGGUUUAAUACCGAUUGGAUCAAUUAAGUGCGAGCCGUUUACAUUGUCAGGUCUGGUUCGAUUCUCACUAACACGGGUGAAUUCUGGCUUUACUAUAUUAAGGAGACCUAGCAAGUCCAUCCAAACAGAUGGUUAAGAAAUAAAAAAAGAUGAGAAGCCCGCGCAUUGACUUCUGCUGCAUUGACUCUAUGGCGCCGGCCAACGAAGGUGUUAGCAUUUCUAACUUUCAAUCGGGUGCUUUGACUUGCAGUAAUGGAGAUUGCUCUUUGAUUCUCGGACACACGAAGCGAGUGAACUUCGAUUAGUCCAUAAUCAGCAAGUUUUUGGCCCCCCUUUUACGAGAAUAGAUAAGGUUGAUCUGAGAGCUGAAAGACGGGAUUCCGGGAGGGAUUUCUGGUUCGGAAGAAAGAGAGCAGCUGCCUCUCGGCUUAAAUAAUCAGCGACCUUUCAAGAACGAGGAGCAGCUUCCCCGGCGAAUUCAUAUGUUGGAAUUUCAACUCUUAUACUGAAAGGGAAGUAAUUCUUUUCCUUGUGGGAUUUUUCUUUGCGUGUAAGAGCAGCGAGUUUGAGCUUUUUCAAUGGCGUUCUCAACCUCAUGGUCGCAAUACAACUACCAUGUUUUCCUAAGCUUGAGAGGCAAAGACACAGGGAAAGGAUUCGGCGACCAUCUCUACACAGCUUUAGAGCAAGCGGGAUUCCACACGUUCAGAGACGACGAUGAGAUAGUGCGGAGAGAGGAGCUCGACAUCGAGCUCCAGAAGGCGAUGCAAGAGUCGAAACUGUUCCUGGUUGUGUUCUCCAAGGACUUCGCGUCUUCAACGUGGUGUCUCGAUCAGCUUGUGAAAAUUAUGGACCUCAGGAGAAGAUCUUUCCCGCAUCACAUAGUUGUUAUGCCUGUGUUCUAUGUUGAUCCGAUGCUGGUUUCUGAUCAGGCUGAUAGUUAUGCUGCUGCAUUUGCUAGUCAUGAGGAGAACUCCAAGGAGAAGGCCGAGAUUUGGAGGGCGGCUCUUCGAGAAGUUUCGGAUUUGGGUGGAAUGGUUUUGCAGGAUGGGUAUCAGGCUGAGUUUGUACAAGACAUAGUGAAAGAAGUCCGAAAGAAAUUGAACCGCCCAAUUGUACACACUCCCUCCCACUUAAUCGGAAUAGAGUCUCGUUUAGCUGACAUUGAUUUGUGGUUACAAGACAGCUCAAGUGUUCCAAUCGGAAUAAUCUAUGGAAUUGGAGGUGUUGGGAAAACAACGAUUGCAAAGGAAGUCUUUAACCUGAGCUUAGACAGAUUCGAAGCUAGUUGCUUCCUCCCAAACAUCAGAGAGACCUCGAAGCAACCCAAUGGUAUGGUUUUCUUGCAGAAGCAACUUCUCAACACAGUUCUGUAUGAUAAAAAUGUGAAGGUGAAUAAUGAAGCUGAUGGGAGUAACAAGAUCAAAGAUGCAAUAGGUUGCAGAAGGGUUCUAAUUGUUUUGGAUGAUGUUGGUCAUUUGGAACAAGUGAACAUGAUCGUUGCAACCUGGGACUGGCUGUAUAAGGGUAGUAAGAUCAUCAUAACAACUCGGCACAAACGUUUGCUCAAGGAUGAUAAAAUAUGCAGAAAGUUUAGGAUUGAGGAAUUGGGUGACGAUGAAUCAUUGCAGCUCUUUAGGCAACACGUCUUUGGGAAAUCCAACCCUAACGACGGAUUCAUGGAGCAUUCUUUAAGGGCAGUGAAGUAUUGCUGUGGGAUUCCUCUUGCCCUUCGAGAAUGGGGUACCUUUCUUUCUGAUAUAGAUAUAUCUGAGUGGAACAAUGCUUUGGAUAAAUUGGAAGCAAUUCUUCACAAUGGAAUCUUUAAAGUUCUCAGGGUGAGCUAUGAUUCUCUAAAGGAUGACUUGGGCAGAAGGUUGUUCCUGCACAUAGCUUGUUUCUUCAUUGGGAUGGAGAGCGAUUAUGUGACAAAGAUUUUAGAUGGAUGUGAGCUGUUUGCAAAAGCUGGGAUUCAAGAUCUUGUUGACAGGUUUCUGUUGACCAUUGGCGAGGAUAACAGGCUUAUUAUGCAUCCAUUGCUCAGAGAUAUGGCGAGGGAAAUUGUUCGUCAAGAAUCGCCAGAUGAUCCUGGGAGACGUAGCAGGCUCUGGUCUCAUGAUGAUUCCAUCAGUGUGCUGAGAGAAAACACGGGCACAGAAGCAAUUAGAGGCAUCAUUCUCAAUAUCCAGGGUCCUAUGACCGAAGGCAAACAUCACACAGAUCCUUGCACCAGUUGCGGGAAAAGACAUUCCUACGAUGAUGGUCUCAUCUGCAAAUCUACAUCAAAGAGGCGUGUUCUUGGCUUCAUUCGAGGACAGUCGGUCGAUACUGACUGUACAACUUCAUUCUCUAUGUCUCAUGAGUUUGAGAUGAAAGCACUUCAAAAGAUGCGCAAUUUGCAGUUGCUCCAGCUCAACUAUGCGAAGCUGAAGGGAAACUACAAAUAUCUUCCUCGGAGUUUAAUAUGGCUUUCUUGGCAUGGAUCGCCAUUGAAAUGCAUGCCAUCAUGUCUACACUUGGAGAAGCUUGUUGUUCUUGAUAUGCAAAGAAGCAGUUUAAAGCAUAUUUGGCAUGGCACCAAGUUUCUUCCAGCAUUGAAGAUCCUUGAUAUCAGCGCCUGCCAUAGUCUCAUAACGACCCCUGACUUCUCAGGACUGCCUUGUCUUGAACAAUUAGUGCUGGUGGACUGCAUAAAUUUGACCGAGGUCAAUGAAUCGAUAGGGAAGGUUGAGAAACUUGUUUCGUUGAACCUUAAAGGGUGUAGAAAGCUCAGGAAACUUCCGUCGACUGUUCUCAUGCUGAGACAGCUGAAAGUAAUUGUUCUUUCUGGCUGUUUGAAGCUUGAUGAGCUACCCCACGGGCUAGAUAAAAUGGAAUCACUCAAAGUGCUCCAAGCUGAUGGUGUAGCUCUAUAGGGAUUGCGGUCAAGGUCAUCUUGUUGUUCCACCUUUUGGGGUUCGUUAUUUCUGAGAAAUGAUGCGUUAGGCUUGUAUACUGGAGUUCCUUUGUUUGAGCUCCUUCUCCUGGAUGAAUGCAGCUUUCUCCAAUCACUUCCAGAGCUUCCAGCAAGUUUUUCAGGGUAAAAUUUGAACUUUGCCAAAGUUGAUGAGAUCAAUGAGGUUAAGCUGCAAGCAACAGAUCGAGAUAUAAGUUCUUCGAUCUAGAGGAUGUUAUAAACCUUCAUGUUGAAAUCAGGAAGAGUUUAGACUUCUUCAACUUUACAUCUGCGAAGCAUUGAAGUGGAGCUGACCAAUUAUUUGACCUCAACAUUAAGGAAGCAUGCACUUCAGGUACUUUCUUUUUACUUGUUUCGCAUCUAUCACUUCUUUCAAAAUUUCACUGCAGUUCCUUUCUUCGCUUAUUUAUUCCCUAAAGUAUGAGAGGAAUGGUACAGUUUUUGCAUGAUUGGGCCAUGUUUAAAACUUUUUUCCCAACACUGCAGCCAUGAUCAUGGUUAUUCAGUCCAUCACAAAAAUCCAAGUAUUGCUGGGAUUAACGUUAGUUGUUAUCAUCACUUGUUUGAGCAUUGUUAAGACAGUAAUGACGUGCAGGCUGUGCUCGUCGAAGGUUGCAAGAUACUGUUUGGUGAGGUCAUAGAAUUCUAUGGGCUGUUGGAUGUACAAUUUGGCUCAUGGGUUUUAGCCCAAAAACCAUGGGUGGAGGGUUGCUUCAAAAAUUCAUGUUGGCGGAGCAAACAAAAACGUACCAGGUCCUUUUGGAAUUGGAAAUCCAUAAAGGUGUCGAACCCCAUCCCCUCAGAUUGUCUAUUAUACUGUUGAAAUCCAUGGAUAUCACACCAUCCAUUAUUUUUCUUACAUCAAGCAGAUCAUCGACUUGCAAGAGCCAAUUACUCCUGUUGUGAACUUUCUUGGUAAGAUAGGAAUUGUUUAUUCCGUCAUCUAUAGAUGCAUGGAAAAUGGAAGAUUGCUCGACAAUGAAGAUAUAAAUUCCAC